AUGGCACUCAAACGCGGCCUGUGUCGAGGCUGUGGCUUCAACGAGGCGGUUGGAUUGUUCUACCACUCCCAUGAGGAGAUCGAACAAACCCGCCAGGCGGUGUUUGCUGCCAUUCGGAGUGUGGGAGCGCUUCUUGAGAAUGUGCACACCGUGCAUGUUCCGCUCACGCCAACCACUCCGGGGCAGGGUCAUCGUCUUCAUGGUCAGGAGCUGGCACAUCUGCCACCUCCAUAUGAGGCCGCUGUCGAAGCUCAGCCGCUACCGUACCAUAUUGUCAAGGAGAAGGGACCGUCAAGCCGUGGGAGCAAGAUCGUCACCAAGAAAAUGCAGCUCACGAAGAAUGCGCUCCUCACAUUCUCUGAGGACCUGCGUCGGGCCGACUUCAUCUCUGUGAUGCUAAAGGCACAUGACCUUGAUGAUCAAUAUGCAGCGAGUCCGCAUGCAGGGCCAGGCUUCAAGCUGUGGUGGACCGGUACAAACAAGAGUGCAGUGGCUACGAUUGACACUGAUGAUGACUUCGCGAUCACGGUGGGUGCUCUUCUCAAGAAGAGGCCAAGCAACAUCACUGCGGAGCUCAAUUCAGACAAUAUGGAGGGCUUCUGCAUCUGUAAAUGUGUCCCGCGCCUCGACUCGUAUUCCGAUGAGGCGCAGCUCCAUGGAGGUAUCAUCAUGGAGUUGAAGGCCCUUCACAAGUGCACCGAGCAUCUUGGCGAGAAUGGUGAUACGGGGCAUUGCUACAAGAGUGAAAAUGGUCAUAUUGGCUUGAAUAGCCGUCACCUGAAGAUAUGGGCAGCUGCUAUAGUGGCACAUGAGUGUACCAAGCGCGUUCCCCCGAACACAAGCGAGUUCAACGGAGUUCGGGAUGGCCAGCCCUCACUCAUGAAGGCUCGUGGCCGCUCUGGGCCGCGACCUAUGUCUUCAGUUCCCCAGUCUACAGCAACCAGUUUCGACCCGAACAUGCUGCUCAUGGCGGCAUUCAUGCCAAUGCUGCAGAAUCAGAAUAUGGUCAACUUGCAGACUCCGGGUGCAGGGGUUGAUCUUUUGGCCUUCGAGGAGAGUCUCGCGGAGAAGAGGUUAAGCCCGGACAUCCUCAGCAAGGUUCCAGUUGAACGGCUAUGCACCAUCACUGGUGCUGUCGAGGGUGAUGUCUGGAAGCUUCGGGAGUUCGCCACUGAGUGGCAUGCCAGGCUUGUUGAGAAGUGUCGCCACCUUGGAGCUUGA